CCACAUCUAUCUCAACCUCCUAUUCCACAGACUUUACAUAAUCAGCCUCGAUCCCAUGAUUCCAUCUUCAAAAACAGAGAACGUGUGUGUGAGCUCGGCCUGGUACAAAGGUUAACAAUAAAUACUGCUCAAAUCUCAUCUUAGAGUAAAAAAAAAUGCAAAGAGAUAUUAUUGGCAGCCUGAAGAAAGGGCAAGACUUGGCUGUUGAAUCAUUGACAAGAGUUUAGGAGACAAGGAAAAAUAAGAUGCUCUAGGAGUCCAGGACACUGUGUGUGAAGUUUGAACACAGGUUGCAACCAUGGGAGAAGGUGGGAAGGACGACGACAGCAAGCCCUCAGAGCACAAAUCUGUUGUGAAAAAGUUCUUUGGCAGAGAGUCAUUACCGACAAAGAGAGUGCCAACAAUAUGUGGAACCAACUACCCCCUGAGCAUUAUGUUCAUCAUCGUGAACGAGUUCUGCGAGAGGUUCUCCUAUUAUGGAAUGAAAGCCGUCCUCACUUUGUACUUCCUCAACUAUCUCCAUUGGGAUGAGAACCUGUCCACCACAGUCUACCACGCCUUCUCUGGUCUCUGCUACUUCACCCCAAUUAUCGGAGCCCCUAUCGCUGAUGCUUGGCUUGGGAAAUUCAACACCAUCUUUUGGUUGUCCAUCUUGUACGUCAUCGGUCACGUAAUAAAGUCUGUGGGUGCCAUUCCUACCAUUGGAAACACAGAUGUGCAUGUAGCUCUAUCCAUGAUCGGCCUGAUCGCUAUUGCCAUUGGCACAGGUGGCAUUAAACCUUGUGUGGCUGCCUUUGGAGGGGACCAGUUUGAAGAACAUCAAGCUAAAGAAAGAAGCAAAUUCUUCUCCAUCUUCUACUUGUCCAUCAAUGCAGGAAGUCUCAUUUCCACCUUGGUGACCCCAGUACUUCGUGGAGGUGUCCAGUGUUUCGGCACAGACUGUUAUGCAUUGGCAUUUGGGGUUCCAGCCGCCUUGAUGUUUGUUGCACUCAUUGUGUUUGUCAGUGGGAGUGGGAUGUACAAGAAAUAUCCUCCGCAAGGGAAUAUUUUAGCCUCAGUCUUCAAGUGUAUUGGAUAUGCCAUAAAGAACCGAUGGAAUCAUCGCACCAAAUCAUUUCCCAAGAGAGAGCACUGGCUGGACUGGGCCUCUGAGAAGUAUCCGAAAAAGCUGAUUACAGAAGUGAAAAUGGUAACGAAAGUCCUUUUCCUCUACAUUCCGCUGCCAAUGUUCUGGGCACUGUUUGACCAGCAGGGAUCCAGAUGGACUUUACAAGCAACAAGAAUGAACUCAGAUUUUAAUAGUUUUGUUAUUCAACCAGACCAGAUACAGAUUCUGAAUCCUCUUCUGAUUCUUAUCCUGAUCCCUGUGUUUGACCUUGGCAUAUACCCUCUUUUUAAACUGUGCAAGAUAAAUUUAAAGCAUGUACCAAAGAUGACAAUUGGGAUGAUCCUGGCUGCUCUGGCGUUUGCAGUUGCCUCUGUUAUAGAAAUCAAGAUUAAUGAGACGAAUCCCUCAGUACCUAAAGCUGGAGAAAGUUACUUACAGGUGUUGAAUUUUGCAAAAGACGAUGUUAGAAUUGAACUUUCAGGAAAUACUCCCAUCUCACAGCCGAUGCUGGACACCACAAAUUUCAAGGAUCCAGAAUACAUAAAAUUAAAUGUCACUGGUACAGCAACAGCUUGGGUUUACCUGCCAGAAGGACAGGACUGCUCCGUGUCACUGAGAGAGAAAUCCACUCAUACCUUAGUCGUUGAUGUCAUUGGCAACACAAUAUACUGCAGAGAGAUUUCAGACAAAAAUGAAAAGCCGCCCAAUGGAUUAGCAGCUGUGAGAUUUAUCAAUAUGUUGCCUGACAAAGUAUAUAAUAUUUCUGUUGCGGGAGAAUAUUUUCAUAUUGAUGCUAAUGGUAUAACGGAUUAUGCUACACAGAAGAGAGGAAACACAGUUUUACACGGUGAAGUCGGAGGUACAAUAUACGCUAUUAAACUUGGGCUGUUGGAUUUUGGAGGAGCGUACACCGCCGUAUUAAGGAAUCGUGAUGAAAUUGAAAAGGAGAUUAACGCAGUUGUGGUAGAAGACGUUACAGCUAAUAGUUUCCACGUUGCGUGGCAGAUACCGCAGUAUUUCCUGCUGAGUGCUGGGGAAGUUAUGUUCUCAAUCACAGGCCUGGAGUUCUCCUAUUCCCAGGCUCCAGCCAGCAUGAAGGCCGUUCUGCAGGCCGGGUGGCUGCUCACCAUAGCCUUUGGCAAUGUGAUUGUGCUGAUUGUGGCUCAGGCAGGAUCGCUGGAGCAGUGGGCAGAAUUUGUCCUAUUUGCUGCUCUCCUGAUUGCUGUCAGCAUCAUCUUCUCCAUCAUGGGCUACUUCUUUGUCCCUGUAAAUCCCGAUGACUUGCUGGAUGAGGAUGAGAAAGUGGAUGAUGUUGAUGUGAAGAAGAAAUUGCCAGACAACUUUUAUGAAAUGAGUCCAGACCCCAUUCUGGAGGAGAAGCAGACAAAGAUCUAGAUAGAGAAUAAGCUAUUGGGAUAUGGGGGUGGGAGGGUUUACAGAAGUGUUAUGGAGAAAAUGGAGGUUGAUCACUCAAUAUUUAUCAGCAUGAAUCAGCAAUUUUGUUGCACAGUUUUGGCUCUGGGAGAUUUAAUACUGUAUAUUUUAUUGGGUUUAUCCAAGGUUUAUCCAAAAGAACCUGUCUCCUUUAUUGUUGAUGAAUUCUCACAUUGGGGGUAAUUCCAAGUUGAUCGUAGCAGGAUUUUUGAUAGCAAUUUGGAAAAACCAUGUGCACUGCAGG